AUGGGUGAAACAGAUAACAAGCCACAGGUCACUCAAGACAGUGAGGCAACAUCAAAGAAGCAUAAGAAAUAUGAAAAAAGUAAAGAAAAGAAGAAAAUGGAAGAAGAAGAUGAUGAUAGUGAAAGUGAGAGUGAUAGCGGAAGUGAAAGUGAAAGCGAUAGUGAAAGUGAUGACCAUAAAGAAGAUGACAAAGAUAGUGAUACUACAGAAAAAGAAUCUAGUAAUGGAGAAGAAAAAGAGUCAAGUACAGGAGAAGAAAAAGAAGUCAAGAAGGAUGCGGUAAAAAAUGUUGAGAGAAAAGAAACAAUUUUUAAAAUGGUUGAAGAAUUUCCUCAACAAGAAACAUUAGAAGAUGUACUUUUAAAAUUAAGUAAUGUUAAUUUAAAUGAAGAAUGGCUGAAAAAACCAGAAAACCAAGUACUUAAACAAAAGGCAUUGUGUUUGUUUUAUGAAAGAUAUCCCGAAGCAGUGUCUGAAGUUAUGUUUCCAUUUGAACAAA